AUGGUCAACCUAUUCAAGCGGAUCCGGAAGCUGAAGACUAUUCUCGAUAUCCGAGUCGGAACCGGUGCCGCCAUCCUCCCCAGCAUCGCCAAUGCCUCCAAAGAAUUUCCAGCAGUCACCCGGCUACACCUCACAUACGCGCAAAAGAUCUAUGGCGGCCACCAAGGCGCGCGGCAUUUCUGGCGCAACUGCCUCCCACGACUGAAGUACUACAACCCGGGCAUUCCCAUGACAGUAAAACAGACAACGGACCAAGACAUCCCAGCCACACUCUCAAUCUACUUCGCGGACCGGGUCGGCAGCACCGCGACAUCCAUCGCAGGCUCAAAGCAGAUCACCGACAAACAUGCGCCGGCCCCCGGCACCGGCGAGAAGAUGGCUACCGUCAACGUCAAGGAUCUCACCUACCAGGAGAUAUGGAACCGCGUGCAGGCGUCCACAAAUGCAAGCGAGGUCCCGGCCUCAGAAGAGGAUGUGGCCGAGGCGAAGAAGUUUGCUGCUAUCGAUGAGAAGGCUGUUCACGAUCGGGAGCGCAUACGGGCUAAGCGGCAAGCGAAGAAGGAUCAGGAGCGCAUGCUUGCUGAGGCUCGUGGCGAGGUUGAGAAGACGCAGACUGCUUAA